GUGUUUGAUAUCGAAUAUACAAGUUAUUUUCCAGAUUACGUGCUGUCCGAGUGAUUUCUGGUGAAUAUUGUUUGGUCACUUGCUCAGACAUAUAUUCACUCCAGGGGUGUUGCAGAAUUGCAAAUGGUUUGUGAGAAGUGCGAGAAAAAGCUGGGAAAGGUAAUCACGCCCGAUCCUUGGAAAGCAGGUGCACGGAACACGGUCAGUGGAGGCGGGAAGAAGCUCAAUGAAAAUAAGCUACUGACAAGUUCGAAAAAUCGCUUUAGUCCAUAUUCCUCUUCAUUUCCCCGAUGCAGAAUAUGUGCCCAAACUGUUCAUCAGGCAGGUUCGCAUUAUUGCCAACAAUGUGCAUUCAAGAAAGGUAUCUGUUCCAUGUGUGGUGUGCGUCUAGUUAACACAACACGCUAUAAUCAAUCAGCUGCCUAGAUAAUUUAACUGUAUGCUUUAUAAAAUGUGUACUAUCAUUUGUGCCUCUUUUCCACCUAUAAUUUAUACAAGUAUAAACUAUAAAUAUC